AUGGCAGAGUCGUUGUUUGAUCUGCUGAAGGGCUACCUGCCCGCCAGUGGUGAUCAACAGAGGCAGGAGCCCACACGAGAUCAGGACCGAUAUCUGUCACGAAUACUAUCUCUUCGCCUGUCCGAUCUAUCAACCUCGGAGACGGAGUCGUUACAGCAAGCAUCACACAGCAACAAUGUGUCCAUACAGUCGCUUAGCUCGCGGUCAUAUCGUACCACGACAUCCUCGUUCGAACAUUUGAGAACGCUUGGCACAUCCCUUCAAGACCUCUCGUCUACUACGACAGACAUUCGCAAUGCGGUGCCAGAACUUGACGAGAGUGCUGUCAAGUUCGCCACGUCGUACAGCAAGCUGUCAGACACCAAUGCUGCCCUAGACGCCCGCAAGAAGUCGAUGCUCCUUGCUCGACAGGCCGAGAAGGUCCAAGAGAUCCUGGAACUGCCAAUGCUGCUCAGCGCUGCGAUCGCCAGCGCGAAUAACACUUCCUCUACUGGAGUCAAUUAUUCCCAGGCUCUGGACUUGUUCUCCCACAUCAAGCGUCUGCAGAUCUUAUACCCGGAUUCAGAAAUGGUGAAGAAGGUACUGGUAGACGCGAAGGUGGCGAUGCGCGACAUGACAACAAAUCUGAUCACCUCGUUACGGAACCAGAACAUUCGUCUAGCUGCAGCAAUAAGAACGAUAGGAUGGCUUCGACGUGUUCUCCCAGAGAUCUCAAAACAGGACGUGCAUUCUUCUCAAGCUACCACUGUCCCAAGCUCGCUCAAUCCAAAUGCCGCUGUUCUUCAGCAGGAAGACGACUUCGGCGCUAUCUUUCUAUGUGCCCGCUUGUGCACGUUCUUGACCAUGGCGGAAGCUUUGGCGCCGUUGAGAGAGCUUGCCGACCAGGAGACAGCAAAACGCAAUCAGACUGGACAGAAUGGUCGUCCAGCGGAACCAGUACGUCGGUCAUCACAGCACAGUUAUGCUGUACAGGGCCAGCAAACGGAGAGAUACAUCAAGCGAUACAUCGAGAUCUUCCGCGAACAAGCGUUCUCUACCAUUUCUAUGUUCCGCAACAUCUUCCCACCUCAUGAGAAUCAAGAUGUCGCAGACGACGACCCGUUGCGGCUGCCUUCCGCUCUAGCUACCUUUCCAUCACACUUGGUCGGCCUUCUGAUGGAGACACUGCGCACGUACCUCCCGAAUAUUACGGAUCCGGCCUCACGAGAGAGUCUGUUGAUGCAGGUGUUAUAUGCUGCAAACAGUCUGGGCAGACUAGGUGCUGAUUUUAGCAUGAUGAUCGCGACUCUACCGCCAGGGCCAUCUCCAGACAUAGCAGAAGAUGAGAAAGCGGAACCAGAAUGGGCCCGAAUAAUUCGUAAACACCGCGUACAGUCUGCACGAUUGGAGGCGCUCGCGGCUGGUCAGGAGCAGGCUGCCAAUAAGUCAAAAUUUGCAGAUAUCGCCGUGAGAUGA